UAUAAAUUACUUUCUUUAUUUUAUUUCCUGUUAUCCUUCUUCUUUUCCUUCCUCCGUUAUCUCUUUUCGAUCUAUGAACAAUUUUAACCAUCCAAGAAGAGAAAGAAGCAAUAGCUGGUAUCAUGGGAACCAAAAUGCUUGUUGGAAACAACAAGGCAGCAGGAGGGGGGACUGGGAAGAAGGUAUCGAACCUAAUGAAGCUGGUUCUAUGAAUAAAUUAUGUGAUCCUAUCGGUCAACAAUGGUAUCAUACGCCAAGUACACCUUCUAUUAACUAUACUUCUCCUUUUCUUGCCAUAUGGGACCAAUACACGUUCAACAACACCUCUGCGCGUCAAAUGUCUAGUGCGAGCAGUUAUCCUUUACUGCCUGAUCCUGUCCCUGGAAACCCGUCUAGUUUCUUUACAAACUUUCCUCACCGUCCGUGUGUUGCGAGCACGAUAAGGACUCCGCAGCAAACCAAAAGUCAAGAUAUUCCUGCAGUAGCACCUGACAGCCAUCAGAGAAAGAAAGAAACUUGGUCUACUCCUAUACUUAAAACUAUUACGGCUGAGGGAUCGAUAAGUAGUACGUCCACCUCUAGUACUGGUCUGUUUCCUCACUCUUCUACUCCAGCUGAGCCUCCUGUUCGCUAUCUUUCGGAUUCAUUGUCAUUUAUGGCAACAAAAGCCGCCUUUGUGGAAGAAUCUCAGGUAACAGGGAUAAAGCGUGGUUAUCAAGUCAUCAAAGCAAUCAACAUUCCUUGGAGUAUUUCUGCUGCUGAUAUCAAACGAAUUCUUUGUCAAAGUGAGUUCAUUCGAAUUCCUCCAAUGACUGAGCUGCCUCAGUGUGUUCACAUCAUGAUGGAUGUCAAGACUGGCAAGACACUUGGUGUUGCUUUUAUUGAAUGCAAGAUAGAAAAGGAUCGAGACAUAAAGUCAGUCUUGUAUGAUCUUUCUAAAGCCAUGCCAGUCCAAGGUCGUCGUAUUAGGUUUAAUCCGAGCUCCUAUGAUGAGCUCUUGAGCCAUCUCUUUUCUGAAUGGCCUGGUACUUUCCGUCAAGGCUUGGCCAUUUUACCUCCCAAUGGCAACGAUCAACAGUCGAUACCAUUCUUUAUAGGACAAAGGGGCUUGCAAAGCCUUUUAAAUGUUUGUAGAAAUUACAAGGUUUAUUACAAUCGAAAAUGUGCUGAGAGACCAUUUGAAUACUUGAUAUCUAUCAUCAUGAAUAUACCUUGGAAUCAACCAAGGACAGUAAGAACAAUUCAAAGAGACCUGAUCUAUGAAUGCUAUAAGCUUGGCACAGAUACCUUACGUCAUCAUGUGAACAAGGGAUUCAAUCCCUUUGAGAAGGAAUUGUUGCCUAAACUUGUUCGAGCUGCCAUCAUUUGUCCUGGGUUCUCUAUCAAGCAAAAGAAUGGUAUCCUAUCUAAUGCAAAAUUAUCUUGUCCUGAGGAACUUGCUUACUGCCUUGAGGAACCGGCUAUGUUGGUAGAUAGUGGUAUAUUAAACAUUGUUCGUUGAAUAGGAUUCUAUUCUCUCUCUCUCUUGAAAGCUUGCUAUUCAAAUAAAAUUGCUCAUAUAAAAUGAAUGAACGGAUCCGUCUUACUGAGUGACAAUUGGCCAUUUCCUUUUUCGGAAAUACUUGCUUUCCGACCCCCGUCUUCGGCUGUCCGAGCGUUCGUCCUGAUGACGGGUAAAAUGAAAAAGGCCAGGCGAACCAAGACGAGUUCUUUCUUCAUU